CGGCGCUACUCCAAGAUCCUCUCCCCGGACACCCCCACAGUCCGUGGUAGGAGCCAGGACCCAAACAAAGGCGGGCGGCGAAUAAAAGGCGGCGGCGCCGAGUGCUCCCGGUUGCGCGCCGGGGAUCCGGAUCCGCACUAGACUGUUGGUGGUCUGUGCGCUUUGGGGCAGAGCGGGGAACCGCGGCUUCCAGCAGCCCGGAGGAGCUUCUCCGCGACUCCCCGGAGGGGACGAGUCUGCACCGCAGGGUGGCCGCAGCCCCGGCUCCUCCGGCCCGCCUCCCUCCUGUGCCCGCCGCUCUUCGAGCUAAGCUUGGCCCGCCGAGGCUAUGGACUCGGAGGAUGAUCCCCUGCUGCAGGAUGUGUGGCUAGAGGAGGAGCAGGAAGAGGAGGAGGAAGCAACAGGUGAGGCCUGCAGGAGAGCGCAGAAGCCGGGGCCCCGCGCCGGGGCCGGAGGGCAGUGCUGCUGGCGGCACUGGGCCCUGCCCUCCCGGCCCCCAGCCUCGGGCUUCUGGAGCACGCUGGGCUGGGCCUUCACCAACCCGUGCUGUGCGGGGCUGGUGCUCUUCCUGGGCUGCAGCAUCCCCAUGGCCCUGUCGGCCUUCAUGUUCCUCUACUACCCGCCCCUGGACAUCGACAUCUCCUAUAACGCCUUUGAGAUCCGCAACCACGAGGCGUCCCAGCGUUUCGACGCCCUGGCGCUGGCACUCAAGUCCCAGUUCGGGUCCUGGGGGCGAAACCGGCGUGACUUGGCCGACUUCACCUCCGAGACGCUUCAGCGCCUCAUCUCAGAGCAGCUGCAGCAGUUGCACCUGGGCAACCGUUCCCGGCCUGCAGCCAAGACCCCGCACGCCGUCCUGGACGGCCCGCGGCGUGGGUCAGGUCUGUCCUGGGACACCUCCGCGGGCCAGAAGCCAGCAACCAAUCGGAGCAGGCGUCUUCGUCGCGAGACCCCGCCCCUGGAAGAUCUGGCAGCCAACCAGAGUGAAGGUCUGAUGAGGCGGGGCCCAGACAAGAAUGGGCGGCACCAACCCAGCGCCCCGCCUCCCGCCGCAGCCUUGGCCAAUCAGAGCCGGGCCCGCCGAGGCGCCUCGCGAUGGGACUAUUCUCGCUCCUAUGUGAGCACCAACACCCAGACUCACGCACACUGGCGCAUCGAACUCAUCUUCCUGGCCCGCGGUGACGCGGAGCGCAACAUUUUCACUAGUGAGCGGCUGGUCACGAUCCACGAGAUAGAGCGCAAGAUCAUGGACCACCCGGGCUUCCGAGAGUUCUGCUGGAAGCCCCACGAGGUGCUCAAGGACCUGCCGCUGGGCUCCUACUCCUACUGCUCCCCUCCCAGCUCCCUCAUGACCUACUUCUUUCCUACGGAGCGGGGUGGCAAGAUCUACUAUGAUGGCAUGGGCCAGGACCUGGCGGACAUCCGGGGCUCCCUGGAGCUGGCCAUGACUCACCCUGAGUUCUACUGGUAUGUCGACGAGGGCCUCUCUGCAGAAAACCUCAAGAGCUCCCUCCUGCGCAGCGAGAUCCUGUUUGGUGCACCCUUGCCCAACUACUACUCAGUGGAUGACCGCUGGGAAGAGCAGCGGGCCAAGUUUCAGAGCUUCGUGGUCACGUAUGUGGCCAUGCUGGCCAAGCAGUCUACUAGCAAAGUCCAGGUUCUGUAUGGGGGGACAGACCUCUUUGAUUACGAGGUGCGUAGAACCUUCAAUAAUGACAUGCUCCUGGCCUUCAUCAGCAGCAGCUGCAUCGCCGCGCUUGUCUACAUCCUCACCUCCUGCUCAGUAUUCCUGUCCUUCUUCGGUAUCGCCAGCAUCGGCCUCAGCUGCCUGGUGGCGCUCUUCCUGUACCACGUGGUCUUUGGUAUCCAGUAUUUGGGCAUCCUCAAUGGGGUGGCCGCCUUCGUCAUCGUGGGCAUUGGGGUGGACGACGUCUUCGUGUUCAUCAACACCUACCGCCAGGCCACCCACCUGGAAGACCCGCAGCUGCGUAUGAUCCACACCAUCCAGACGGCAGGCAAGGCCACCUUCUUCACCUCCCUCACCACAGCCGCUGCCUACGCAGCUAACGUCUUCUCCCAGAUCCCGGCCGUCCACGACUUCGGCCUGUUCAUGUCCCUCAUCGUGUCGUGCUGUUGGCUGGCCGUGCUCUUCACCAUGCCUGCCGCCCUGGGUAUCUGGAGCCUUUACAUGGCGCCGCUGGAGAGCACCUGCCAGGCCAGCUGCCACCAGAAGUGUGGCCGCAAGAGCUCCCUGCGCCUCCCCGGGGACGUGUUUGCCGGUCCCGAGCGGGCGGGGGGCAGCCCUGCCCAGGGCCCCAUGCCUUACCUGGACGACGACAUCCCUUUGCUGGACGUGGAGGAGGAGCCAGUGUCGCUGGAGCUGGGGGAUGUGUCCCUGCUGUCUGUGUCCCCCGAGGGCCUGCAGGCCGCCCCGGCCGGGGGCAGCCGGGGGCAGCUCAUCACUCAGCUGCAGGAGCUGCUGCACCACUGGGCCCUGUGGUCAGCCGUCAAGAGCCGCUGGGUGAUUAUGGGGCUCUUUGUCACCAUCCUCAUCCUGUCCCUGGUGUUUGCCAGCCGGCUCCGCCCCGCCAGCCGGGCGCCCCUGCUCUUCCGGCCUGACACCAACAUCCAGGUGCUGCUCGACCUCAAAUACAACCUGAGCGCCGAGGGCAUCUCCUGCAUCACCUGUUCAGGUCUAUUCCAGGAGAAGCCCCACAGCCUGCAGAGCAACAUCCGGACGUCUCUGGAGAAGAGGAAGCGGGGCUCAGGGGUCUCCUGGGCCGGCCGGCCUGAGGCCAUCCUGCAGGAUGGCCUGGGCACCGUGUACGUCUCCAAGGCGAAGAGCAAAGGCCACCCGGCUGUCUACAGGCUCUCGCUCAACGCCAGCCUGCCCGCCCCUUGGCAGAUGGUGUCUCCAGGGGACGGGGACCUGCCCUCCUUCCAGGUGUAUAGAGCGCCUUUUGGUAACUUCACCAAGAAGCUGACCGCUUGUAUGUCUACAGUAGGGCUGCUCCAGGCGGCGCGCCCCUCCCGCAAGUGGAUGGUGACGACCUUGGCCUGCGACGCCAGGCGGGGCUGGAAGCUCGACUUCAGCUUCUACGUGGCCGCCAGGGAGCAGCAGCACACCCGGAAGCUGUACUUCGCCCAGUCCCACAAGCCCCCCUUCCACGGGCGCGUGUGCGUGGCACCACCUGGCUGCCUGCUCAGCUCCAGCCCUGACGGCCCAACCAAAGGCUUCUUCUACGUGCCCAGCGAGAAAGUGCCCAAGCCCCGACUCUCAGCCACCUUUGGCUUCAACCCCUGCGUGAACACAGGCUGUGGGAAGCCGGCGGUCCGGCCCCUGGUGGACACGGGGGCCAUGGUCUUUGUGGUCUUUGGCAUCAUUGGCAUCAACCGCACACGGCAAGUGGACAACCAUGUCAUCGGAGACCCGGGCAGCGUCAUCUACGACGGCACUUUUGACCUCUUCAAAGAGAUUGGGCACCUGUGUCGCCUGUGCAAGGCCAUCGCGGGGAACUCGGAGCUGGUGAAGCCGGGCGGGGCCCAGUGCCUGCCCUCAGGCUACAGCAUCUCCUCCUUCCUGCAGAUGUUACACCCCGAAUGCAAGGAGCUGCCCGAGCCCAACCUGCUCCCGGGGCAGCUGUCCCACGGGGCAGUGGGGGUCAAGGAGGGCCGCGUGCAGUGGAUCUCCAUGGCCUUUGAGUCGGUGAGCCCCUGGCCGCCCCGCUGGCCGCCGCACGGCGCCUGCCUGGAGCGUGUCACUUGAUGCCUCGCUCCAGAGCAGAGGGGUGGCUGCUCAGAGGG